AUGGGUUUAUACAGGCCGUCAAAAUUUUUUCACCCCCCCAUACCCCACAUACCUUUUACUAUUAACCCUGAUUUUUUUUCUUUUCACAUACAGCGCCUUAAGGCGAAGGCAAAUCCUGAAAAUUUUCUCAUUUGCUUUCCCCCACCAGACAUAUAUAAAGGCUUUGUAUUCUGCUGUCAAUUAGAUUUAGUACAUCUUUUCUCUUAUGUUUUCUUCUUGUUUCUACUUAAAAUCUGUGUCGACGUACUUCAGUAUGUAAUAUACCCCAAACAUUUUACCCACAAAAAACCAGGAUUUGAAAACUAUAGCAUCUAA